CAUCAGGCAGAGCAGCCAAUCAAGGAGGCACAGAACAGGGAGCAGGAAAAAGAGCAGCAAAUCAAGAUAGGAGCACGGGCCAGGGAGGAAAAAGCAGAAUAGCUGCUCAAGCAGGGGGCAGAGGGCAGGGAGCCAAAAACAGAGCAGCAGAUCAGGCAGGGAGCAGAAAGCAGAACAGCAGCUUGGGCAGGUAGCGGAAGAUCAGCCGGAGCACAAGGCAAGGAGCAGGGAGCUGGAGGCAGAGCAGCAGAUGGAGCAGGGGACACAGCAUAGGAAGCAGAAAGUAGAGAAGCAGAUCAGAAGGAGUAGGAAGCGGAGCAGCAGUUCAGGUAGGGAGCAGAAAGCAGAGUAGUGGAUUGAGCAGGGAAGAGGAUCAGAGUAGCACUCAGAAACAUUGUGUGACACUUAAUUUGUGAUGUGCCUGCUAAAAAGGUUGGUGCCCACUGAACUGGCAUAUCACACGGCAGGUUUAUAGGAAAUCAUUAGGGAAUUAGGCAGUGGAAAUGAGGAAUAAACUUUUGAAAAGUCCCUAAAUAGUUCUGAAAAUCUGGCCUUUAGGUUUAUAAGCAUCCAAUAAGACAUUUAGAAGUGCUCAAGCAAUAUAGGCAGCUGCCUCCAAUUGAUGCAGCAUUGAUCCAGCUAAUUAAUGCCUUUGACAUACCUUUGAGAAUGCAGUUCUGAAUCCCUUCUGAAAUGGAAUUUAGGAGUUGAAGUCUCGUUGACCGCCAGGGACACUCCGACUUCUAACACACUAAUAUUGGAUUCUGAAAGUAUUAUCCCAGGAGUUCUUGUUUCCUGACAAUGUUCUGAAUCCUGGACAAACUUAGUUCACUGGGUAUGAAAGAAGCCAGUUCCUUCUUCCACUAAUGCAAAUCCCAGAAAGUUUUUUAUCACUGAUUGUAGGAUAAGCCUAUUUAAGCUCCCCAUCCUGCAAGUUAUCAUACAUAGCUAGACACCAGUGCAUUGUGCAACAUAUUUGCAAGGUCAGGGCUUUAGCUGCUACUCCCUGACUUGGCUUUAGGUUUUGCAAAUAAUUGUGUCAUUAUUAAGUUCAUAACUUCUAUUGCUUAACCUAGAUAUUUAACUAUGAAAUAUUAACAUUACCAUGCAUAUUAAUAAGAUAAAUUAUUAUUUGUAUUAAUAGUACUACUGCAACUGCAAUCAGAAUCCAAUCAUACAAAUACAUAGAGCUGUUUUAGUGGCAAACAAAACCAUUCCAAAAGUGUAACUAUCUUUAUUUUAGAUUUGUUUUCCUCUAUAUAAAAUUGAUCUAUUUUAACAGUCUUUGGAACAUGCAACAAAGAGAGAACUGUAUCUCUUUGUAUCAGGUAUUGUAUCCAGUAGUAAAAAAGGAGCUUUUAUAACAUCAGUUUGUGAAUGUACUUACCAUAGGAAUCUAGCUGUCCUGUUUUGAAAAAACUAUAUUAAUUUAUUUUGACAGAAAUGUAUAGCCAUGCUGCUUUGUUUAAGAAGGCAGAGGAGCUGUUGGCGAAGAGGAUAAAAGAGGGAGACCCCCUGGCAUAUUUCCUAAAAGGGCAGCUGUACUUUGAAGAGGGGUGGUAUGCUGAUGCAUUCAUACAAUUCGAAAAAAUCAAGGACACAGAUUUUCAAGCUAUGUAUCAACUUGGUGUGAUACAUUAUGAUGGACUGGGGACCAAAGAAGACCCUGAAAAGGGAGUGGAAUAUAUGGAGAAAAUCAUCAACUCUACCUCCCCCAAAGCAAGGCACUUAAAAUAUGCUGCUGCAUACAACCUUGGUAGAGCAUAUUUUGAAGGAUAUGGUGUUAAGCAUUCAGCAGAAGAGGCAGAAAGACUUUGGCUUAUUGCUGCAGACCAUGGGAAUCCAAAAGCAAGUGUAAAGGCUCAGAGUACCCUUGGAAUGCUUUAUUCUACAACAAAUCCAAAAGAUCUGAAGAAGGCAUUUUUCUGGCAUUCAGAAGCUUGUGGCAAUGGAAGUCUGGAGUCACAAGGUGUACUUGGUGUUAUGUAUCUUCAUGGACAAGGUAUACAUCAAAAUACAAAGGCUGCUUUGGAGUGCCUGAAGGAAGCAGCAGAACGUGGCAGUGUCUAUGCUCAAGGCCAUCUUGUUGAGUAUUACUACAAAAGAAAAAUGUAUGCUACAGCUGCCACAUCAGCCAAAAGGGUUGCAGAAAAUGAUAACGUUGAUCUGUUAGCAAAGAUAACAGAUUGCCUUCCUGUAUACAUAGCCAAAGGUGUUGCUAUGGCUACUUUCUACUAUGCUAGAUGUCUCCAGUAUGGCCUAGGCAUGCAACAAGAUCAAGCUGCAGCUAAAAAAUAUUAUUCUAGGGUAAGCUUAGGAGGCCCUCCAAACUUAUUUUUAGAGCAUAAGAUCUUGAGUGAAACCUUGCAUUUGAAUCCUUAAGAACCUGCCUGCUGUGUUGGUUACAUUAAGGGCUCCAACAAUAUUUAUGAAAAUAUUCUGUAUUCUAAAAAAAACACAAACCAAAAAAGACUCAAUGAAAAUGCUCUCUAAACUACUAUAAACAGUAUCUCAAGUUCCUGCUUACUAGGGCUGUGCAAAGCUUCGGUCACUGAUUCGAUUUGACAGAGAUUUGGCCUGAUUCAGUGGCCAGAUCUCCGAAUCAGAAUCGAAUCAGGAGACCCUUUAAUCCAUCUGAAUCAAAUUGGAAUCCUCCAAAUAGAUUCAGAGAGAUUCAGAAAGAUCCAAUGAUUUGGACAGAGACAGCUUUAAACAUUUUUUUCUACAUACCUCAAGGUACCAGGAGGCUCAUGAAUGCUGAGAUGCUGUGGUGGAUGGAGCAUCCCACAGGAGUGCAGGGGGUCCCCAGUGCACUCAGCAGCAGACCCGGAAGUGGACUAGAAGCACUUCUGGGUCCACCAGGGAGCACACGGGGGGCACCCCCCCUCCCAUGCUCCCUCGGCCCGGUGACUGGUGCCGCCUGGGUCUGAGGGGGCACCCAGGGUCCACCCCACGGCCAAUCGCCAAGCCAGAAGGGGGGGAGGCCCCCAGCACUCUCGGCAGGGGACCUGAAAGUGAACCGGUAGUACUUCUGGUCCACUUCCAGGUUCACUGCCGAGUGCGUGGGGGGCCCCCUCACGCUCCUGUGGGACACUCCAUCCACCCCAGCAUCACAAAAUUCACGAGCUGCACCUGGUACCUCAAGGUAUGUAGAAAAAACAUUUAAAGCUGUGUCUGUGGCCGAAUCACUGAUUCUCUGAAUCAGCAUUGAAUCUUCAGAUUCAGAUUCAGCCAAAUCGAAUCAGUACAGUGAUCUGAAUCAGUGGCGAUGCGCAGGGUCUGUACGGGGGUGCACACGCACCCCCUGAGAGUGCCAGUUCACCCCGACAGGCUGCGCUCCCCACUUAGUCGAUGGGCGGGGGGGCAGGCAGGAGUGCCAGUGCCCCCUCUGCAACUGCUAGCCGGGGAGUGGGAGCACUGGAUGUAGCGCUGCGGACACUUCCAGGAGCGCUGUGGCCGUUUCCCAGUCAAUGAGUUUUGCUGUGGGGGGCGGGCUCCCCCCAGGUCACUGACUGACCACUGUGGGGCAUGUACCCACCCCGACUAAGGUGGCACCAGUUGCCCAUGAUCCGAAUCAACAAAUCGAAUCACUGUCCCCAAUUUGGGCCAAGUCCAAAUCCAGUACAGCCCAAUUUGCACACCCCUACUGCUUAUCCAUUUACUCAAGUAAUUUGUUUUGAUAAACAAGUAAAAUCUUAUUGUAAUCACUACAGCAGAUGUGUAUGAUUUAAGAUUGGGUUGAUAAACUUGCAUGACCAAUUUGUAAAAUGAUUAAAAUAAUAUUUCUCUCUGAUUUCUUUUGAAAUAAUCCUGGCUUGGUUUUUUUUUGUUUGUUUUCUGUGCAAUACCACUGACAGAAACUCAGCUCUUGGGACAGAGUUUAGUCAAGGGCUCCUGCAAAGGAAUGAUCGUAGUUCCUAGAUAAAAACUGCUUUUCUUUAAAAAGUGAAAAGCACCGUCAUUAAAAAAAUCCCAAAGAAAAGCUGAUUUUCUAAAACUUUUGAAAUCAAAAGUGCUAGACAUUAGUUUUAAAGCAGUGCCAUCCAUUGCUCAAAGACAUUGGUGCAGUUUCCACAAACUCCCAUUAUUUCCUCACCUACUUCAGAAUAACUACUCAUAGCAAAACAUAUUUCAGACCCUUUGCAAAUUCAAUGUGUGUGCUCCUCUCUGAGAUUGCCAACAACAAGGGUGCCAAGUGAAAAGGUGCAUUUUGGAGGUGAGCACCUAUUCCCUAGAUGCAGAACUAUUACCUUGUUUGACACUUAAGAGCUAUCAGAAAACUAUAACUCUGUCAUUGCUGGCCUGCAGUAUAUUUGAGUCAGUGACCUUGAAGUGAAAAGGCUUGGUUUCCCAUUGCCAAUCCUCAUGUCCCAAAGAACAGCGAUCAAGAUUAUCUAUUUAUUUUUUACUUUGUUUAGAAAGUAAUUUGUCAUUUAAUUGAAUAACUGGCCACAAAUAAAGGGAAAAUGUAUAAAUCCUAAUUUGAACACUCCAGAUGAUAUCUGCCUAACAGGAACAGAUUCUCUAUAUAAUGAUACUGAAUUUGGUCCUUGUGGUUUUAUAAGGAGAUAUUAGAAAAGAGAGAUCUAAGAACAGAUUCCACAGCUAAUAGAAACUGAUCCCACUGUUUCAAGUCACCUGUGAACAGAUUUGGUUUUUUGAUUUAGGUGCCAAAACAUGCCAUACUUACAAGUGAUUGAGGGGAAUCAGCUUUUGUCCAAUCUACAUCUUGAGUGUGCUGACUUCACAGAGCAAAGCAGCUGAAAUUUUUUUAGGUAGAAUUAGAAAAAGGGAUUUAUCUUUUAGUGAGUUGGCUUUAAUAUUUUAAGAAGUUGAUUAUCUCAGACAAAUAAUGUUUAUAGUGUAGACUGGUCAAUGUACUGUACAAACUCAUUUCAGGAUUUGGCUUUAAAAGAAAACUCCCUUUUCUUUGUUUUCAAAGGCAUGCCUUCUGGAUCCUGAUAUAGUUUCUGACCUUGAAUUGGCAGCUAAUCAUGGAAAAAUUUAGAACAUUUCAUAUUUAAGCAAAUUCCAAUCCAGUUGCUUCCAGUGUUGUGUAAAAUUUCAGGUAGUAAGCCAUCUUCAGUCUUCAGCAGCCAAUGGAUAAUCAACUGUUUCUUUGUUUUUCACCCAUCUGUAAUCAUGAUGAUUGUGCACAGUGUUUGGUGCUUAGAACAAAGUACAUUUUGCUGACAUUGAUUUGUUUUUCAACAGCUCUAACUUAGCUUAGUUGAGGAAAAUUAUUCUCUUAUUUCAUUGUAAGAAAGUUUACUAUGCACUCUAAAUGUUUUGCUGACACAGUGCCAAUGUUUCCUAAAUUAAAAUUGCUGUGCAUAGUCCUUAAGGCCAGCUACAGUCAACUUAGCUAAAGUAACUGUAAAGGGCAGGUUCAUUUACUUACAAAUUCUAAAAAUGCAGCAUCAGCAAAAUCUUGAACUGUCUGAAUACUUGCACUUAAAUAAAAGGUCCCCUUUUCUCACAGUCUGUUCACAAGCCAUAAUCAUAUUUUUAAAUCCAGUAUUGACUAGUAAUCAAUAAUUUAAGAUGCAUGCUUUCCUUUCCACUCUUAUCUUUUUGCCAGGUACUUUACCACAUCUAGGCCUUCAGUUUCUCCUGGGAGAGUCACUGCUUUCUACUUAGAAGCCAUGAGUAGUGUUCAGAUAUUCAGGAUUUC